GCUUCACCCAGGUGCCUGGCAGCUACUAGUGUUGUUGUCGGCGCUAGUCUCGCUCGGGCACGAAACACCCUGGUCUUCAAAGGCUGUGCAGCCACUUUUGAUGACUCGUCCCACUCAUCACUUCCCGAUCCGGUCCAUCAGCCCUGCGACAUUGAGAUGGACCUCAUUUCGCAGCCCGUCAUCAUGUCUUUCCAUAUACCGGGGCCAGCCUUCGAGAAGCCAGCCGUAGUCAGGAUCCCAUCGUCGGGCUCAUGUGGGACCUUACCGGGUCCCUUGUGCAGUAGCUUCCAGCUCCCGUCAGCAUGCGUGACCUGGCAGUCUUUAUUGCGAGGCUUAGUGGUCUUUCGUUAAGGCUGCGAUAUCCCAGAUGGCAGGGGAUACUGGUUGACUUGGGCAGUCCUCGGGCCCCAAGGGUGUGGCGUGUUAUGGUUCCAUCCAGUUCAACCUCGAAGUUUUUUUUUCCUUUUCUUUAAAGAAAUGAGCCGCCUUUCCCCAACUCCCGGAUCUAGGCUAACAUCGUCCCAUCUUGUUUGUUUGCAUAUAGUCUCACUGAUCCGUCCAUCCGAUCUGUCAAACUGUUUGGUUCCUGGGAUAACUUCACAAACGAACACAACAUGGAAAGAGAUAGUAGGCGACACUGUGGCCAGUGGAGGGCCUGCCAUUCCUUUAAAGAGAGUGGAGGCUUGAAGAUGGGCGAAACUUAUUUUUACUACUAUGAGGUUAAUGGCACAUCAGAAACACACGAUUCAUCAUUACCAUCUACAACUGCCUGCCCUUAUUUGCCUGGCCAACCGGUCAACACCCUUACUAUCCCCGUUCAGCAGUCACCCCGAAAGCGCAGCGCCUCAGUCAACUCUGUCCGUCGUGGUGACUACAUGACACUCAACCCAGCCGACAAGUUCAUUGCGCCGAGAGCAGCUCCUCCAGUCCCCAUGGCUACCUCGUUCAGCAGAGUUGGCACAUCGGCUGCCAGCGUGCCGAAUCUGGAUCAGCGCUCGCGAUCUGCUUCAAAGCGCCCCGUCUCGCCCACGCCUGCAUGGCCCUGGUCGCCAAGGAAACUCUUUAGCAGGACCAACAGCAAGUCAUCUCUUCGCAAGGAAAACGACACUGACGAGACCGAGGCCAUCUCGGCACCUGUAUCUUCUGUUAUCGACGAUGAGAGGACUGUGAGAUCAUCAUCUAGGGGUAGCUCCAGGUCGCGAGACAUGUCUCCCGAGUCUCUGCGCAGGUUCCUUUCCGACGACAUUCCCACCGAGACAACCCAGGACACCAACUCAGAGCGUCUGGAGCUCGCUAUACCCGACGACAUUGUCGAGGAGAACGAAGACGACGAUAACUUUGCUACCUCGGCCAGGUCCGAGAGCAUCUCCUAUUUCACGGUACUCUCGCCGCCGCCGAGCCAGCGCGCUUUUGCACCGCUGUCGAGACCCGAGACACCAUCUCUGUCUCCUCCUUCGCUAUCACCGGCCAUUUCUUCACCACACUCUACGGCAUCCAACGACAUCCCAUCCUUUUAUCACUCUGACGAGGAAAACGAAAGCGAGGACGACGAUUUUACCUUCCGGCCGCUUCAGAGCGUUGUCGAGAUCAACACCGACGCAGACUCUUUUGGCCAGAGUCUUAUGUCAGCAUUCGCUGGCUACAGCCUUCCCGAGGAGGGACGCGCCAGCAAGGACGCCAGGCGCGUACACAUCAAGGACCAAACACGGGUUUUUGAAAUGUUAUGAAUUCAUGUAUAACUUCACUUUUCGGCUUCCGUUGUCAAAAAUAACUACUUAGAUAAUGAGUAUUUCUCUGGCUUUGUUGCAAGAUACCAUUCUGCAGGGAGUGCCUACACCCCUCAUGUUUUUUUAUCUCCCAUUUUCCUUUGUACUUUUUUUUCUUCGAGAAAUAUAGCGGGUUAGCGGGCUUGCAUGGCGUGGGUCCAGGAAAGGAGGUCUUUUUUUUUUCUCCAUCAUUGUUUACCAGGUGGCGUUGGCCAACGGCCUGGAUGAUAGAAUUAUUGUAACUGAUAAGACAAAUCUGACGGCUCACGUUUGUCACGAUUGGUGUUGAGAGA